GGGCGGCGAGCGAGCGCAGCCAGGCGGCCGGGAACUUUUCUCCUCGCGCUCUCGCCGCCUUCUUCCCCCGCGCGCCGCCCGCCGCCGGCUCUUCCUGCGCGGAGGGGACCGCAUUUCCCCGCGGCCCUGCGACGCCAGCAGGCCCGGCAGUGCGCAGCCAGGGCCCGGUCCCCGCGCCCCGGGCGCCGCCCCUGCCCGCGGCUGCGCUCGGAAGGCGAGGUGCGGAGCGAGGCGCGGCCGGAGCGAGAGCGCGCCGAGCAGGCCGCCCAGCCCGCCGCCCGAGCGCCGGCUCGAGGAGGGGGCGCCGAGGCCCACCCUCUUUCCUGCCUGGCUGCUGGCCGGCCGGGCCGCCGCGCCCCGACCCCCAUGGCCGCCCGGGUCUCCGGGCAGAGAAGUCGCAACGCCAGACCCCGGGCUCCCGAGUGAGCGCGCGCUGAGGAUCUCAUCCGGCCGCCGCGUUCUGGAAGAAACGAGGGGAGAGCGCGCGCGAGCUGAGGAGGAGGAGAGGCGGCGCGGGGAAGGGAGGCGGCGAGACGCGCAGCGCCGGCGCCCGGGAGACCCAGGAGGAACCCGCAGGAGGCAGGUGCCGCCGUCCUGCGUUCCUGGGAGCCGAGGAGGGGACAUUUUAUGCCUACAGUGGCUCGGCAGCCCCUAAUCAGCGUCUGCUGGAAGGAACAGACAGAUUCCAGAUGGCAUGGCAGUGAUGGAGGAGAUAACCAGCCCGAGUCAUGCAGUCUUUUCGAGAAAGGUGUGGUUUCCAUGGCAAACAGCAGACCUACCAGCAGACCUCACAGGAGACAUCUCGCCUGGAGAAUUACCGGCAGCCGAGUCAGGCUGGGCUGAGCUGCGACCGGCAGCGUCUGCUGACCAAGGACUAUUACGGCCCGCAGCCCUUCCCCAGCUACGAGGGCGGCACCGGCACGCCCGCCACAGCGCGCGCCAGCAAAGGCCUGUCCUCUCCGCAGGCCCCGCAGGGGAGGCCGUCCUUCGCGGGCUACGCCGUCCAGGACGGCAGCCCCUACCCCGGCCGCUACUCGGGGGAGGAGGGCCUGCAGGCCUGGGGGGCACCGCAGCCGCCACCCCCGCAGCCGCAGCCCCUGCCAGGGGCGGUGAGCAAAUAUGACGAGAACCUGAUGAAAAAGACAGCAGCGCCCCCCGCCCGGCAGUACCCAGAGCAGGGCGCCCAGCUGCCCUUUCGGACUCACACCCUCCACGUCCAGCAGCAGCUGCCGCAGCCCCCGCAGCCCCUGGCGUACCCCAAGCUCCAAAGGCAGAAGCCCCAGAACGACCUCGCCUCACCCCUGCCCUUCCCCCCGGGCAGCCACUUCCCCCAGCACUCCCAGUCCUUCCCCGUCUCCUCCACCUACUCCUCCCCCGGCCAGGGCGGCGGGCAGGGGGCCCACUCCUACAAGAGCUGCACUGCCCCGUCCACCCAGCCCCACGACAGGCCGCUGACCGCCAACGCCGGCCUGGCCCCGGGCCAGCGGGUCCCAAGCCUUCACACCUACCAGCCUGGGCGCCUCAGCUACGAGCCACAGAAGCAGCAGCAGCAAGCCCUCCAGAGCCGCCACCACGCCCAGGAAGCCCUCCACUACCAAAACCUCACCAAGUACCAACACUACGGGCAGCAAGGCCCAGGCUACUGCCAGCCGGACGUGGCCAUCAGGACCCCGGAGCAAUACUACCAGACCUUCAGCCCCGGCUCCAGCCACUCGCCCGCUCGCUCCGUGGGCCGCUCCCCUUCCUACAGCUCCACCCCGUCGCCGCUGAUGCCCAACAUGGAGAACUUUCCCUACAACCAGCAGCCGCUCGGCCCUGGAGCCUUCCCCGCCGGUCUCGCGGACCACAGCCACUUCAUGCCCCUGCUCAACCCCUCCCCGACGGACGCCGCCGGCUCCGUGGACGCCCAGGCCGCCAACUGCAAGGCCCUGCAGAAGGACAAGCUUCCCGAGAGCCUGCUGUCGGACCUCAGCCUGCACAGCCUCACGGCGCUGACCUCACAGGUGGAGAACAUCUCCAACACCGUGCAGCAGCUGCUGCUCUCCAAGGCGGCCGUGCCCCAGAAGAAGGGCGUCAAGAGCCUGGCGGCCCGGACCCCGGAGCAGCACAAAAGCCAGCACUGCAGCCCCGAGGGCAGUGGCUACUCAGCCGAGCCUGCAGGCACGCCGCUGUCGGAGCCGCUGAGCAGCACACCCCAGUCCACGCACGCCGAGCCGCCCGAGGCCGACUACCUGAGCGGCUCUGAGGACCCGCUGGAGCGCGGCUUCCUCUACUGCAGCCAGGCCCGCGGCAGCCCCGCCAGGGUCCACGGCGGCUCCAAGGCCAAGCCCGAGUCCGUGUCCACCUGCUCCGUGACUUCACCCGACGACAUGUCCACCAAGUCCGACGACUCCUUCCAGAGCCUGCACGGCGGCCUGCCGCUGGACAGCUUCUCCAAGCUUGUGGCUGGCGAGCGGGACUGCCCGCGCCUGCUGCUGAGCGCCCUGGCGCAGGAGGACCUGGCCUCCGAGAUCCUGGGGCUGCAGGAGGCCAUCGGCGAGAAGGCCGACAAGGUCUGGGCCGAGGCGCCCGGCCUGGCCAAGGACACCAGCAAGCCACCCUUCUCGCUGGAGAACCACAGCGCCUGCUUGGACCCCGUGGCCAAGGGUGCGUGGCCGCGGCCGGGGGAGCAGGAGGCCCUGCCCGAGGCCCUGCAGCUGGAAAAGGGCGGCGGCACCAAGGACUUCGGCCCGGGGCUGUUCGAAGAUCCCUCCGUGGGCUUCGCCACCCCUGACCCCAAGAAGACAACUGGUCCCCUCUCCUUUGGCGCCAAGCCCACCCUGGGGGCCGCCACCUCGGACCCCGCCACGGCGGCUUUCGACUGCUUCCCAGACACGACCACCGCCAGCUCGGCGGACAGCGCCAAUCCCUUCGCCUGGCCCGAGGAGAACCUGGGGGACGCCUGUCCCCGGUGGGGGCUGCACCCCAGCGAGCUCGCCAAGGGUCUGGAGCAGGGCGGGAAGGCCGCCGACAGUGUCGGCCAGGAGGACGCCCGCGAGGCUUCGGCCUGCCUGGGCUUCCAGGAGGAGCAGCCCUCGGGGGAGAAGGCCGUGAUGCCCCGGGACUCCCAGCAGGAGGAGGGGGGCGGGGUGAAGGAGGAGGCGGGCGGGCUGCUGCAGUGUCCCGAGGUGGGCAAGGCCGACCGGUGGCUGGAGGACAGCCGGCACUGCUGCUCCGCCGCCGACUUCGGGGACCUCCCGCUGCUGCCGCCCGCCGGCAGGAAAGAGGACUUGGAGGCGGAGGAGUACUCGUCUCUGUGCGAGCUCCUGGGCAGCCCCGAGCAGAGGCCGGGCGUGCAGGAGCCACUGUCGCCCAAGGCCCCGCUGCUGUGUGGCAAGGAGGAGGUGGAGGCGGUGCUGGACCCCAAGGCCGGCUGGGGCUCCCCGUGCGCCCUCUCUGGCGAGGCCGUCAUCCUGCUGGGCCCCACCGUGGGCACUGAGUCCAAGGUCCAGAGCUGGUUUGAGUCCUCCCUCUCCCACAUGAAGCCAGGGGAGGAGGGGCCCGAGGGGGCGCUGGCUCCGGGGGAUCCCACCGCCCUGGCGCCGGAAGCCUCCCUGACCCAGAAGCCGAACAAGCCCGCUGUGCCCGAAGCGCCCAUCGCCAAGAAGGAGCCUGUGCCUCGCGGCAAAAGCUUACGGAGCCGGCGGGUGCACCGGGGGCUGCCCGAGGCCGAGGACUCCCCGUGCAGGGCCCCGGCGCUGCCCAAAGACCUGCUGCUCCCUGAGUCGUGCACGGGGCCCCCCCAGGGACAGAUGGAAGGGGCGGGGGCCCCAGGCCGGGGGACCUCAGAAGGGCUCCCCAGGAUGUGCACCCGCUCCUUCACGGCCCUGAGUGAGCCCCGCACGCCCGGACCCCCGGGCCUGCCCACCACCCCUGCCCCCCCAGACAAGCUGGGAGGCAAGCAGCGAGCUGCCUUCAAGUCGGGCAAGCGGGUGGGGAAGCCCUCCCCCAAGGCCGCAUCCAGCCCCAGCAACCCGGCCGCCCUGCCCGUGGCCUCCGACAGUAGCCCCAUGGGCUCCAAGACCAAGGAGACAGACUCGCCGGAUGCACCAGGCAAAGACCAGCGCUCGAUGAUCCUCCGGUCCCGCACCAGGACCCAGGAGGCCUUCCACUGCAAGCGGCGGCGGGCCUCGGAGAGCCGGGUCCCCAACUGCCGCGCCGCCAAGAAGCUCCUCGCCAACAACCACCUGCCCGCCACGUUCAAGGUCGCCGGUAGCCCCCAGAAGGAGGGCAGGGCGGGCCAACGGGCGAGGGUCCCCAAGCCUGGUGCAGGCGGCAAGCUCUCCGAUCGGCCCCUCCACGCCCUCAAGAGGAAGUCGGCCUUCAUGGCGCCUGUCCCCACCAAGAAGCGCAACCUGGUCUUACGCAGCGGCAGCACCAGCGGGGACACGAAGGAGGAGGGGGCCGAGGGCUCUCCCACCCUCUUCAAGAGGAUGACGUCUCCCAAGAAGGCCAAGCCCACCAAGGGCAACAGUGAGCCCACGGCAAAGCUGCCGCCCCCGGAGACCCCUGACGCCAGCCUGAAGCUGGCCUCACGGGCGUCCGUCCAGGGGGCCAUGAAGACCAAGGUGCUGCCCCCCCGGAAAGGCCGGGGCCUGAAGCUGGAGGCCAUCGUGCAGAAGAUCACCUCACCCAGCCUGAAAAAGUUCGCGUGCAGAGCACCAGGGGCCCCUCCCGGGAAUCCUGUGAGCCCAUCCCUCCCCGAGAAGGACCGUGGGCUCAAGAGCGCAGGGGGCAGCCCGCUGGGGGCAGAAGAAGGUCUCUUAAACGUGAGCACUGGGCAGAAGUUCCCAGCAGCUUUGGGGGCUGAUCCGUUAUGCAGAAAUCCAACCAACAGAUCCUUAAAAGGCAAACUCGUGAACAGUAAGAAACUGUCCUCGACCGACAGUUUCAAAACUGAGGCCUUCACGUCCCCAGAGGGCCUGCUGCCUGGGGGCACUGCCCUGGCACCUAAGAAGAGAAGCCGGAAAGGCAGGGCUGGAGCCCUCGGACUCCCCAAAGGCUCCCUGGAGAAGAGGCCUCAUCUCGGCCCAGCUCUGCUCCUGACGGCCAGCAGCAUGCAGGGGGGCAGCGAGGACAGCUCUGGCGGAGGUGGCAAGAAGCCAAAGACGGAGGAGCUGGGGCUGGCCUCCCAGCCCCCUGAGGGCCGGCCUUGCCAGCCCCAGGUGAGGGCACAGAAGCAGCCUGGCCACGCCAACUACAGCAGCUAUUCCAAGCGGAAGCGCCUGACGCGGGGCCGGGCCAGGAACGCCACCACCUCACCCUGUAAGGGGCGUGCCAAGCGGCGGCGGCAGCAGCAGGUGCUGCCCCUGGAUCCCGCAGAGCCUGAAAUCCGCCUCAAAUAUAUUUCCUCCUGCAAGCGGCUGCGAGCAGACAGCCGCACCCCCGCCUUCUCGCCCUUCGUGCGGGUGGAGAAGCGGGAUGCGUUCACCACUGUAUGCACUGUUGUCAACUCCCCCGGAGAGGAGCCCAAGCCCCACAGGAAGCCUUCCUCCUCCUCUUCAUCCUCUUGCUCCUUUUCCUUGGACGCGGCCGGGGCCUCCCUAGCCACGCUCCCUGGAGGCUCCAUCCUGCAGCCUCGGCCCUCCCUACCCCUCUCCUCCACCAUGCAUCUGGGGCCCGUGGUCUCCAAGGCCCUGAGUACCUCUUGCCUUGUUUGCUGCCUCUGCCAAAACCCGGCCAACUUCAAGGACCUCGGGGACCUCUGUGGGCCCUACUACCCCGGACACUGCCUCCCCAAAAAGAAGCCAAAACUCAAGGAGAAGGUGCGGCCAGAGGGCACCUGUGAGGAGGCCUCACUGCCUCUUGAGAGGACACUCAAAGGCCUCGAGUGCCCAGCUGCCGCCGCCGCCGCCACCGCCACCGCCGCCACCGGGAAGCCCCCCAGGCCUGACGGCCCAGCCGAUCCGGCCAAGCAGGGCUCCCUGCGCACCAGCGCCCGGGGCCUAUCCCGGCGGCUGCAGAGUUGCUACUGCUGUGACGGUCGGGGGGAAGGUGGUGAAGAGACAACCCCAGCUGACAGGAGCCGCAAGCACGAGUGCAGCAAGGAGCUGCCGGCAGAGCCUGGUGGGGACACGCAGGAGCACUGGGUGCACGAGGCCUGUGCCGUGUGGACGGGCGGGGUCUACCUGGUGGCCGGGAAGCUCUUUGGGCUGCAGGAGGCCAUGAAGGUGGCCAUGGACAUGACUUGUUCCAGCUGCCAAGAAGCCGGGGCCACCAUUGGGUGCUGCCACAAAGGAUGCAUCCACACCUACCAUUACCCGUGUGCCAGCGAUGCGGGUUGCAUAUUCAUCGAAGAGAACUUUUCUUUGAAAUGCCCCAAACAUAAGAGGCUGCCAUUGUAAUCCACCCCCGGCCGGAGGAGCCGCCGGAUCCCGCCCGCCCGCCGCCCGCCGCCCGCCGCCCGCCGCCGCCGCCGCCGAGGAGAGGAGCCGCCGGCGCAGCCCCCGGGCCUUUGCGCUGCUUCCGGCGCGGGUCUACAGCCGAUCCUUGAUCCGGACCCCGGAUCUUGGAUCUGGCCUCCUCGGGCGGAAGCUAGUGGUCCCGGGUCGGGAAGAAAACAGGUUCCGGAUCCGUCUGCUCCCGGAACCGGACGGCACAGGGCCUUCUCGCCCCCAUCCCCCGGCCAGGCUUGGAGAGGGGGAGCCCGCGGAGCGGCCAGACUCCUUGGAACACCCAGGCUCCGGCGUGGGUGGGAGGCCUUUAGCCUGGGGACACGCUUCUCCCCCUGGAAGUUUCAGGACGACGUGGCACACAUUCCACGUGGGUCGGUAGUGGCACGCAGCUGGGCACCCUGCGAGUGGGGUGGGGUCCGAAGAGGCCAAGGCCGGCUCCCCUCCAGGACGUCUCUCCUGGAACGAGGCUGGGGGCGGGGGGAGCCGAAGCCUGUCCGGCGCAGGAGGGGCCGGAGGCUGUGCGCCCUUCCCUCCCAGCCUUGGCGGGUCGGGAGGGCCGGGGGCCUGGGGCCCGGGGCCCGUGCUCACGGGAUGCGGGCUCACUGGGCGUGGGCCGGACUGGCCCCCGCUGGCUUCUGCUCGUACCCCUUCCAGUCCGCCCCGUCCCCGGAGCCCAGCCUGGGAGCGCAAAAGUCGCGACCAGAGCGCACCCCCGGCAGACGCAUGACCGACCCUCUGCACGACCACCGUCUCCGGGGGCCGCAGCGCCACUCGCACGGGAGCGGAGACAGCGCUAGAUCCAUGUACACACCUGUGUGCCCCUCUAUAUAUAUGUCACAUAGAAUGUAUAUAUGUUGGGAACAUGCUCGCUUCUCCCGUGUGUCGCCGCCGUGCGUCGUGUGCCCCUCAGCACGGGGCCCUUGCCGGGAAGGGGGCUCCGGCGCUGCCUCCCUCCCCAAGCAGCCACCACCGCCCGGGCCAGUGCCCGCGAGUUCGUCCGCCUGUCCGUCCGUGUCCUCAGCUCUGUCCACGCUUCGAUAGGCCUGACGCAGCCCCAGCCCGGGGCCGCCCUAGCAACUUCCUGUACAUAUGACUGUAAAACGGUGAACGUGUGUAUUAUAUCCGGCCUCGUUAUAUAGUGUAUAUAUAUGUAUACAUAUACAUAUAUAUAAUAUAUAUGAAGACUGUAAAUGUUAAGACGACUAGUGUUCUUAUUAGUAUAUUGCUUCACACUGAAGAUUGUGUGUAUCGAGCUGUUUCUAAAAGAUGUUUAUUUUCCUUAAGAGUAAAAAAAAACAGUCAUUGCAUUCAGAAAAAAAAAAAGUCAAUAAAGAUACAACGAUUGUUUUGGAA